GAGCAAGAGAGAGGAGGAGGAGGAGGAGGAGGAGGACGGGAAACACGGGGUAGAGAGGGAAACAGGAACAGAAAGUGAAUACUUGUCAAGAUGUCUGGGUGAGGGGGACCAGAAGCAGAAACUAGAUGCCAGAAAAGAAACAACAGAAGUCUGAGCAGCUGACUGGAUUAGACAGGAGGGAGAGAGAGCUGACCUGCCGCUUCACAAGUGCCUCUGGGGCAUACCCGAAUUGAAGCGCCUCUCUACAACUGGAUUAAACUAAACCGAAAGCCAAAGGGCACAAGGACAAGAGAAGAAAAAAAGAGUAAGAAAAUCAAGGUUGCUGUAACGCCGAGCAGCUUAAACAAACUUGGCUAAAGUGCAGAUUUUGGCUUUUUCCUCCUCCAUCAAGAUCAAAAUCAUCACAACUGGGUGAUUUCAAAGAAAGCCUUGUCAUAAACAAAUGAGCUUUCGGACUACUUUGGCUUCGUUACCACCUCAUAGGGCACUUUAAAGGAGGGGGGCAUACAUAAAGUCACCCUCCAUACGUCCAGUGUUUCCAUUUAACAUAAACAACAUAUGCCUAAGCACAAACCUUGUAGGUAGAUAGUGCUGUGUUUCAGGGCACCUAUCUGAACUGAUCAUUUUUAAGUAGUAUCUUUAAGUAGUAUAUCUGACAGCUGUUGGGUUGGUGGAUGUUUGAUGUUUCAUUGAAUACUGAGACAAACUUUGUAUCUUAAAAGUUAAAAGUUAAAACCAGAUUACAUAAAAGCACUUUUAUCUUAAAUUAACACCAUAUCUUAAUUACUUUGGUGUCUCCGGCAGCCUAAUAUGCACAUUUACUGACUUACAAACUUCACAGCCCUCUUAAGGAUUUAUUAAAUCUUUACAACUGCCUGACAGACUCAAUUAAAAAGGAGCCACACAGCUCCGUAUCUGAAAGCCAUGGAUGGGAAAACAGACAGCAUCCAGGAUUUCUUCAACCAACUUUGGAGCUUUGCUACAGACAAACACAACCAGGGGGUCUACAACACAGUCUGUCUGGUGAUCCUCCUAACUCUUCCCGUGCUGGUACUCCUCACUACUUUGGUGGUAUGCUGCCACUGCUGUUGUUGUCGCCAUGCCAACGGUUGUUGUUGCUGCUGUCGAGGCAGCAUGACAACGGUAAAGUCAGAAACGAAGAAGAAAAAGAAUUCGGCCAAUACUGAAGACUUGUGGAUCUCUGUCAAGACAGGGCCGAUGACACCUGACAGGGUCGCUCUGGACAUGGAUUAGAAAUCAAUUUUCUUUUUUCUUUUUUUGUUGAGAUUACUGAUCCUGGGCCAGUUGGUGCCAUGGAGCUGAUGGAGCAUCUCAAAAGUGCAAACUGUCUUGGACACAAAAGGAAGGCUGAAGUCAUUGUUCAAAUUAAUUCACAUUGUAAUGGGCACAUGUCUGGUUGAAAUAUGUAAACAGUGUACAGAUUCUUAUAUAGUCGUAUGAUGUCUUUUGUGGGCAAUGUUUACAACACUUUGUAUGAGCUUUUUUAGUGUGUGGUACAUAAAGGAAGAAAUAUGCUAGACGGGGGCAACAUAUCUGCAAAAGUGUGUUUGUGUGAGUGGGCAAAAGAGUGAGAGGGUGUGUGUGUGUGUGUGUGUGAGUGUACAGUGUUAUUGAGAGCACUUUGUUCUUAGAGCUCCCAUGUGAAAUUCAUUGCGUCUGUAUUUGGGAGAGAGAGCCAAUUUAAGGUCUGCCCAGCGUUCAGAUCCGUGUAAUACUGCCUACUUUUCAACAACUGCAACAGAGACUGGUGAUUGACUCCUACUUUCUAGAGUGGAAGCCACUGACAUCACAAAAAGUUGAAGUCAUGGGAUUUCAGGAAGAAAACUAGUUCUAAACUACUUCUUUCAUUUUUUUUGUAUAUGAUGUAGCGUAAGCCACAAGAGAGGCACUUCUCCUAGUUUUGGUUUUUUGAGAGUGUUGCAGUAUUCAGGUCAAGUGAGCCUUAAAGGCACAAUUCAAUAUCCAAAUGUAGGGGAAACCAGAAAAAUGAAAAAGUAAAAAUUUAGCUUCCCAAAAUGAUUAUCAGAUCUUUAAAUUAACACUAGACAACCGUAUUGAAGUUAAUGAUGUUUCCCGGGCCUGUAUUUAUUGGUUCACUCAAGCUGACAAGAUCAAAAGUUAUUUAUUACAUUUCUUACAACUUAAAAAACAGCUUAAAGUUAAGAGAUCCUCCAGAAGUUUAUUUAGUUGAUUAAGAGUAGAGCUGAGUUGACUGCAGUAAAGAAACAGAGAUGAGCACACACCUUUUGACACAUGUAUGUGAGUGGUUAUAUAAAACCAGCUGAAGAAAUAUGUAUAAUUCCUAGUAGGAUACCUUUAGCCUACUGUUUGCUUACUGUUUAAUUUGAUUUGUUACUCACCUUGUACUAAAUUGUCUGAUUGGCCUCCAGCUUCAGAAUUUCUUUCUUGCUCCAGUUUCAUUUUCAUUUUGUUUCAUUUCACUUCUUUAUAUUAAUAUAUAUAUAUAUAAAAUAAGAUUGUUGCUGUUGAGUUGCUAAUUUCACGUUACUUAGUACUAGAGAUAUUAAGGAUAAAAAUUCAAAUGACAUAUGUUGAAGAAUGAACAAAGCAGCAGAUCCACGUCUUUGAUUGGCUAUUCAAGCUCUAAUGUGAUAAAUCAUGUGAUCAAUUAAAAGCUGUUCCGACGUU